CUCUUGGAUACAGGAGGGAGCCAUGAUUCAGAGCGAGUUGUUGAAGGGGCUUUCGUCUGUAACCGGCAAAGCCUAUGUUCACCAAUGCAUUACGGCAUCUGGAUCUGCUUAAAUUGUCCUUGCAGCUGCAUCCAUUGGCAUAUCCGUGCUAUUUUUCCCUUCGGAUCUGACUUGUUUGAAUAGAACCCACAAUCAUAUCGUGUACGGGUUCGGAAAGCCUACGACGGAGAAAUACAGCACUCAUGGAGAAUAUGGCUCAACCAAGGAGAAAUGUGACUAGUGAAGACAUUGUUUCUGCACAUGAAUCUGAGAGAGAAAGCCUGCUUGAUGGUGGGGAUGAUGAUGAUUUCUUCUUGAAGGGUCCAGCUCCCAAUCCCAUUCCUCUUGCAGGAGCCACAAAGCUUAGCCAAGUCAAGUUGCAGGUGGAAGAAGUCACCAAUGUCAUGAGAGAGAAUGUUUCAAAACUAUUUGAAAGAGGUGACAGACUGGAGGAACUCCAAGGUACAAUACCGAAGAACAUGCAUAGGUUAAAGGCAGCUUGUGAGUGCCUCGGAUUCCAUUUUGAUCUGAGUUGGAUGGAUGAAGGUGGAACUUCAAAGAGGACAGAGUCAGUGAUUUUGAAUGAAGAAGAAGCCCUGCAAAUCCUAAAGUCUUUCAAUUUUGAAGAAGCCAUCCUGAAUGAGUUCAUGGAAGAUGUUUCCAUGAAGUUGCACAACACUGUGAUUCCCAAGUUCUGGAAACUUUUGGAGCUACAAGAAGCAUCUGAGCCCUUUGCAGUCUUCUGUGAUGCUGUGCACGAACUCUCGUCUUCCCUCAGGGGGGUGCUUGCCCGAGUGCCUCUCAUGGAAAGACUACGUCCAGAAAAAUGGACAAAGUGUGGCCAGACCACAGUACUUGGGCUUUUGAAGCUGCAUUUGAAAACAGAACUGAAAUCCCAGCGCCCCCUGCACUACAAAAAUCUUCUGAUACAAUUCUACUCAAGGGCAUUCAAGAUCUUCCAUCAUCGCAGGGAAAUUGGAGUGAAUCAGGAACUGAAAGUGUUGGGACUCCUGGAAUGCUUGGUUGGUGAUGUCUUGACUUCCAUUGUUCAUGAGACCAUACAGAAUCAUGUGCAGGCGACAUGCAAAGGCAGCUUUGAUGUUUCUCACGUUGAUGGUCUUGAGAAGUGGCUGAGGAAGGUGGUCUUGGAUUGGUUCACCAUCAUUCUUGGAAAUCCUGGAGAUACAUUUUUGGAAACUCUUGAAGCUCGAUUGCUUCAGUUCUUGUUUGAAACGUAUACUCAUACGAGAAUGGAACAGCUCUUCACCAUAGUCAUAGAGUUCCCAGAAUCACAGCCAGCCCUGGAGGACCUGAAAGAAUGCUUGGAGAAGACAAACCUUCGAACUCAGCUCAUUCAAAGCCUCAAAGCAGCACUGCAGACACGGCUUCUCCAUCCAGGGGUAAACACAGCAGACAUUCUAACAGCUUACAUUUCUGCUAUCAAGGCUCUGCGAGUCCUUGACCCCUCUGGUGUCAUGUUGGAGCUUGCAUGUGGUCCAGUUAGGGAGUACCUGAAAACACGAGAGGACACCGUGAAGAGGAUCGUUUUGUGUCUCACUGAUGAAUACUAUGGAGAUCUCACAGAGGAGUUAGGGAAAGUGGAUGGAAGUGGAGGCACCAGAGCUGCAGGAGGGACCCAGGGGAACAAAGGCAGUCACGAACCGAUGGAAGUACGGGUAGGAGAUUGGCAGCAUUGGAUGCCCGAUCCGUGGGAUGCUGCUCCUCCUUCCAUCCAGAGUCUCUUGCCAGCAUCUGAAAAUCCUUCAGAUGUUUACAAGAAUCGAUCUGCAGACAUCGUCUCCAUGCUGAUUGGGAUCUAUGAGACAAAGGACAAAUUCGUCACAGAGUAUCGGACGAUCCUCGCCAAUCGAAUCCUCCGCUUGCUGUCGUUUGAAUCGAAAAAAGAAACUCGCUACCUGGAACUCCUCAAGCUCAGAUUUGGUGAAUCUCUUCUUCACAACUGUGAGGUGAUGCUGAAGGAUGUGGCUGACAGCAAGCGGAUCAAUGCUUUCAUCCACGGCCUCAAGGAGUACGGAAUGCCGGAGUUCCCUUCCUACCCGGUAGAAUCCAUGAUCGUCUCGGAUCAGUUUUGGCCGACGAUACGGGAAGAGAAGCUGGAGCUCCCGGCCUCCGUCAAGGAACACCUGGACAUCUACACCAAAGCAUUCGAGAUGCUCAAGGGGAACAGAACUCUUCACUGGAAGACACAACUGGGAAUAGUUCACAUGGACCUCGAAUUGGAAGGAGGUCGUACCAUCAAUCUCAUGGGAAAGGGCCUGAUCAGAGAGGUUAAUGGAGACAAGUUUAUCCUGGUCGAAGAUGGCUACAGGGAGGAGAAGCCCAACCUAUCACUCACCACAACUUCCGAAGACGACGACGAAGCCAACGGAUACAUGGCAUCUGCUUCUGAUCAGCAUCAAGAAAAGCUUCAGGUGUACUGGACUUACAUCAUGGGGAUGCUGACGAACAUCGAGUCUCUGACGUUGGAGAAGAUGCACUCCAUGCUGCGAAUGUUCACGUUGCAAGGGCCGCAGCUGGAAGAAUGCACCCAAGCCGAACUCAGGGAGUUUCUGGACCAGAAAGUGAGGAACCAUGAGCUCAUGUUCGUCAACGGUUCCUAUCGCCUCGUGAAAAAGGGAUGAUCUCGGUGAUCUCCCACAUUCCUCAUCGUCUGAGUGACGAUUGCCUGCCGGAAUUCGUGGUCUUUUGUUCCCAGUCACGAGAAUGAAAUUAUUUUCUGUUUCUAUGAAUACACAAAGAUAGAUAUUGA